GAGGACGAUUUGUGGUGCUACACGUGUAACACGGAUCUAGGACAAGGACAUAAGGGAUACUGUAACGAUCCUUAUUCGUCUGCUGCCGUUGAUCUGGUCGCUUGUCCUCGGAACGAAUCUCAUCACUGUCUCAAAAGCAUCGUGUUGUAUAGGAAUAUUUUAGUGACCAUACGUGGUUGCGUGUCAUCUCGACGAGUCAACGGAUAUUGCGACUACGAGGAUAGUUUCCCGCGCUCGAGUAUCGAGUGUUAUUUCUGCAAGGAAAACGGUUGCAACAACAAGGAAUCGCUCGGUCCGAUGUCAAAAUGGUAUCUCGGCGUGCUCGCAAUUAUUUUGUCACGGAUAUAAUCAAUAUAAAACUGCGCAGUAUAGGAACAGAAGAGAGGCUGAGAGCGAGCGAGCGAGCGAGCGAGAGAAGGAGGGAAAAGAGUACUCUUGGUAAAGAGGGUGUUGGUUCUUCAGUAUCAAACCGGACAGGUUCGACAGUGGCAGUUUCGAAACGGACAUCUAGAUCGUUGGACCGAUAGUUACUGCCUAGUUUUCGAGGACGCAAUAGUUGCGACUUUUCGAAGCGAUCUUUCGAAAAGAACACCCGUGGUUUCGUGAGAUCCUUUGAGAGAGAUAUUAUUGUUUAAUAUAUUCAAAAUGAUCUCCAACGAACGCGCAGUGUUGAUAAUCUUCGCGAUAACUCUUUUCGUAACGUCAGGUUCCGCCUUACGAUGUUGGGUUUGCUCGUCUAACGUGAAUGUCGUGUGCGACGAUCCGAUGAAUACUACGGAGCACCACACUACAUUCCAUGCAAGAGAUUGUAAUGAAUAUUCCAGGGAUCACCUCUCAGGUCACUACGGCAAUUCGAGAGCUGUUUGUCGCAAAAUCGUCAAACGAGAUUACGGUCAGCGAAUUGUCGUGCGACAGUGUUCAACCCUGAAUCAUGACGAAAUUGAUAUCGUUGACGGCACGUGCGGCGCUUCCGCGCAACAAGGUCCCGUCGAAAUUGAAUCCUGCCACAUCUGCAGCACCGAUUUGUGCAAUUCCGCGACGAGCGUUUCCACGAUGCAACUGCUUUACGCCGCUGUUCUGGUAUUCGUCACCUACGUCUUCCAUCAGUCGAAGUACUGCGGUCUUUAAUCAUUUAUGAACGAGACCAAUUAGUAAUUAAGGAGAAGAAAAAAGAAUUAAGUCACAAAUAGCUGCUAGUUAUCAUGUGUGUGUAACUAACCAUUUUUUUUUCACCAACAUUUUUACUUUCGUUCGAUAGCGAUUUAAGAGACGUAUGCGAACGGUAAGAGGUGCAAUUGAAAAAAGAAACAUAUGUUUAUAUAUGCGUAAUCUUCUUGCUCCGUAAUUAUCUCGAAACGAAAAUUAUAAAUAAUCGUCGCGCGUACUAUGAGUAAUGUUGAUCUAUCAGUUUAUUGUAUAUAUAAAAUAAAGGACACAUAACAUAUAUAAUUAUAAAACAAAAAGUCUACAGAACUGUUUUUUGUUUGUUUUAGAUUUGUUUUUACCGUCCGUUCACAAUAAAAUCGGCUUCACAUAUUCGUUACAUUCGAUUUUACGGUAGAAAUAGAUGAUACUUAACUGCACUUGACAGACCGUCUCUCGCACUAAUUCCACCACACAAUGAAUUAGGUCGGCCACCGUUGUGCGUCAUCUUCAUUGGGUCAGCCUUAUUUCGUUCUAAGUAGACAUUAUCUCAAGUCCGUCUUAAAUGAAUGGCACUUCCCCUCGUUACUUUUUACACACGUUCGUCUCUUCUCUCGUUGCGUUGUGAGAUUUAGAUAUGUACGAAGCGAAAAACGAAAGUGGAUAUAAAAAAAAAAGAAAACUUAUCAGGUAUCCGUCCAGCGUUAGAAUAUAA